AUGUUCUUCCCCACCUUCACCACCUUUACCGCCGUCCUCCUCGCCUUGUCCGGUACGACCCAAGCUAUCGGCGGGAACGCCCACGCAUUGGGCCACGGUAACCGACCCCGUCGAGCGCAACACUUUGGCCGUCAAGCUCAGGAUCAGCCUCAACCUCCUCCCGGAGCCAAGGUCUACACGACCCACAUCGCCAAGCCCGAAGGGUACCCGAACGGCAACUCGUCUCAUGUCGAGGUCGAUGGGGAGAUGGUCAGGAGGGGAGAAGGCGUGGUCGAUCUGGAAGCUAGGGGAGGACCUGUGGGCAAGAGGGCGUUUAGCGGGAUGAGGGCUACUUAUUACGCCAUCGGACUGGGAGCUUGUGGGCAGUACGACUCUGAGCCGGCUUACAUCGUCGCGCUCAACUCGGCUCAGUACGGAGGUGGAUACCCCGGACCUCAGUGUUUCAAGAGUAUCACCAUCACCGGUGGAAGCAGGAACGGACAUGCCGUCGCUACCAUCAAGGACGAGUGCCCGACUUGUCCUUAUGGAGGGCUGGAUAUGAGUGAAGCUCUGUUUAGCAACUUCGCUUCCGCCGACGAGGGUGUCGCCACGAUCACCUGGUGGUUCAACGACGAGGCCCCUCCCGCUCCCGCGCCUACCACUUCGAGCACCCCUGCUUGGACCCCGGCCCCGGAGCCUACCACUUCGUCUACCCCGGCUUACACCCCUCCUCCUUCGCCCAGCACGACCCCGGCUUACACUCCUCCUACCAGUUCGUGGACUCCUCCUCCCACCACGAGCUCGGUUUGGACUCCUCCUGCCGAGACUUCCACCUCGUCGUCUUACGUCGCUCCUCCUCCUUCGAGCUCAUCUUCGUCUGCCACGCCUACUCCUUCGUCUUCGUCGAGCACUCCGGCGCCUUCCUCGUCGGCCUCGUCCUCUUCGUCUUCAUCGGCCGUCUCGAGCAGCGCCGUCUCGUCCUCCCGAGCUUCGACCGCGACCUUCUCCAUGAGCUCUUUGGCUCUCGGCAAGGCUGCCGCUUCGUCCACCGCCGCCACGGGCACCAGGACCAACACGGCUGCCGGUGCCAGCGCGACCGAGACCGCCUCUGGUGUGGAGAACUAUACCGGAGCUACCGGCAACUUGGAGAUGUUGAGCGACGUCACUUUGCAGUUGGGCAACAUGGUCGUCAUGAGCGCUCAGCAGGCUCAGUGA